AUGGGUUAUGACGUCGACAGAUUUGUGGUCAACGUAAAUGAAGGUUUGCUUUGCUGUGUUUGCCGUGACGUGUUAGAGGACGCAGUCCAGGCCCCGUGUGAACAUGCAUUCUGUCGUGCAUGCAUCGAAGGAUGGCUCGUCCAAAACACGCGCUGUCCAGAAGACAGGAAACCACUGUCAGUAGCUGUACUCAAACCUCUCUUUCGAUACAUGAAGAACGAUUUGAACAAACUGCAACUGAAAUGUUGCAAUCACUUCCUGGGUUGUACAUACAUUGGUGAUUUGGAGUUUAUGCAUACACAUGAAGCGGAAUGUCCAAUGGGAACGGUAGCAUGUCCAAACGAGAAAUGUAAACUAAUGGUCACUAGGAACGAUUUGUCUGACCACUUGGACAAUUGUGAAUUCAGAGCAAAACAAUGCACUCUUGGAUGUGGCAUGCUGAUGGUCUCACCGGAGGACGUUUCUCACAAUUGCAUCGCGGAACUCCGAACCGCAUUCGACGUUCUUCGGUCUGAAAUGACGUGUAAGAUUCAGGACCAGCGGCACGAGAUGGAGCUCCGUUUGAACAUGCAACGGGAACACAUGGUUCAAAAAGAAUCUAUAAUGCAAUGCCAAGUUGAUGAACUUAAGUCUGAACUAUCCCGCAUGUCACAAAAGAUGAAACUUCUGAUGGAUUUGGAGAUUCAAAGGCGCCAAGACGUCGAGAGACUGGAACUGGAGAAGAAAGAACUGAUGGAACUACUGAAAGGCCAGGUUCGUGAUGGUGCAGCGAGCAGGGGUCAAACGGCUGGUGCCAGUCAUAUGCACACCUCUUCAUCUUUCAUGGGCAAGGUCACAACCAUUUGA